AUGUAUUGUGAAAUCAUGUCAUUUGUCGAUUCACAUACAAUUAUUUUGACAUGUUCAUUGAUUUCCAAAGAGUGGUACGAAUUAAUCACGGAGAGUAUGAAAUUAUCGGUCAAUUUUAGAAAAUUAAAAUUCAAUAAUCAAACAUUAGAUUUGAUAAUCAAGAGUAAAUUUAAGAAUUGUGUUACAGAUUUAAAAUUAACACACACUGCUGACAAUACGAAAAUUACAGAAUUUACAAAAUGGGCAGCAAAUAUUGCCCAACUUGAACAGUUGAAAAGUCUGGAAAUUUCAUCCGAUCACAAGGUUGGUUAUGAUGGUGCAAAAGUUAUUGGUCAAUUGAAGCAGUUAACCAAGCUCGAUAUUAGUUUUAAUACGAUUGGAGCUGAAGGUGCUAAAUUUAUUGGAGAAAUGCAACAAUUGACCUAUCUAAAUAUUUAUGGGAAUUCUCUUACAAGUGAAGGAAUAAGAUUCAUUAGUCAAUUGACCAAUUUAACAUAUCUAAACGUGCGUUUUAAUGAAGAUUUUAGAUUUGGAGGACAUGAUAAAGGUCUUGAAGGAGCUCAAUAUUUAAGAAAUUUACAAAAACUAACAAGUCUUGACAUUGGUUACAAUCAAAUUGGAAACGAUGGAGCUAAAUUUAUUGGUGAAAUACAGUCAUUGACAGAGUUAACAAUACGAAACAAUAACUUGAAAGCUGAAGGUGUUCGCUGGCUAAGCAAAUUGAAAAAUCUGAGAUUGCUCAGUAUUAAUAAUAACCAUAUUAAGGAUGAAGGAGUAGUGCACAUUUGUAAACUGAAACAGUUAACUCAUCUUGACUUGUGGAAUACUGAAAUAACAGCUGAAGGUAUUGAAUUGGUUUCUAAACAAUUACCGAAAGUUACACAUCUCCAUAUCUCCAUUAAUGUAAUUAGAGAUGGUACCAAGUUCUUAGGUGAAAUGAAACAGUUGACAACACUUGAAGCAGAUGAAAUUGAAUUAGAUGCUGAAGGGCUUAAAUAUUUAGUUGGUUUGAAAAAAUUGAAUUUUCUUUCCGUUAAUAAUAAUUUAUUUGGUGCUGAAGGUUGCAAAGUAGUUAGCGAAAUGAAACAAUUGGAAGAGUUAUGUAUGAAUGACAAUAAUAUUGGAGACAAUGGUGUACAGUAUUUAUGUGAAUUGAAAUCAUUGACCUCUUUGUGUUUGUGGAAUAAUAAUAUUGGAAUUGAGGGUGUUAAAUUGUUGUGUUCUGGAAAUUUGAAUAAUUUAACAACACUUGAUAUCAGAGGUAAUCAAAUUACAAAAUCUGAUUCUCAUUUAUUUGAAAAUAUGAAACAGUUGACCGAACUUUUGAUUGAAUGGUAA